AUGUCUGUUGUGGGGAGUGGUAGUUCCCCUGAAGGUAAUGCUGCUAGGACCAGGAAGAGGAACAGGAUUUCCUUUGUUUGCCAGGCCUGUAGGAGAUCAAAGACACGUUGUGACAAGGAGAAACCUAUAUGUACGAGGUGCAAGAAACUAAAACUAGAAUGUGUGUAUGAUAUGGCCAAACAGAGUGCCCCUCGAAUACCAAGUAAAGAUGCUACUAUAGCUCGUCUUGGUAGGGAUGUAGACUACUGGAAAAAUAAGGCGAUGAAGUUGAUGCAAGAGCAAGAGAGCAUGCCAGUCAAUAAAGAUAGCAAUGUAUCUAGUGGUAGUCUGGAAAAUAUGAAUUCAGAUUAUGAGUCGGAUGGCGAAAGCAGAGAAUCGGACUAUAAGAGACCAAGGCUAGAUUCUUACAAUAUAAAUGGAGAGAAUAACGAUGACGAUUCAAUUGAGAUUAAUCUGUAUAGGACGCAUCCGACUCUGAUUGUUAGCAGAGUAAUGAAAAGGGAGGUUAAGCCUUUAUCAGAAAAUUAUCUCUUUAUUCAAGACAAAUUUUUAACAUCGUUAAUAGCUUCGAUCUUUUUGGAUCCCUCUCAGAAUACAAUGAUUCCAGCUCUGACUGCUAAUGCUAAUGUGACAAGGGCUCAACCAAGUGUUAGGUCUAGUGCAUUGAAGCUUAAGGAGACAUUACUUCGCCAAUGUCAUACUGACUCUCAGAGGAGAAGAGUUGAUGAAUUUACUGAGAGGAUUUUACAAAAUACCAAUACUUCUAAAAAUUUGAAAAAUGGGAUGAUUCUUUCGAUGUUAUAUAACACUUUGGGACACCAAUUUUUGGAAGAUCAUUGCCAGAGUAAUGGUGAGUAUUCGGAUAUCUUGAAGAGCUUUAUUACAGAAAUCGAAGAAAUGUUACCACCAUAUGAGAUUAUUGAGGUUUAUAAGCAGCAUUUCUUUCAGUAUAUUUAUCCUGCAUUGCCCUUUUUAGAGAAGGAAAUGUUUGAAGAAACAUUAAGUGACGUGCUUUUCAGAGAUGAAAAUAAUCCAGCUAAGAUUAAAUUAAGAUUAGGAAAUAAUCAUUUGAGAAUGAAAAUGGAGAACUUGUCUAUCUUAAUGGUAAUUUUGAAAUUAUCCUACAUAUCGUUGAAUUUUGCAGAAGACAAUGUACAGCACAGUGCAUUGGAUGUUGAUACAAACAUUAUCGCUCAAUAUCCAAUUUCCAAUAAUUUUGUAUUGCUCGCACAAAAAUGUCUUGCAUCAGAAAAUUGGUGUGCGUGUGCUAAUGAAAAUAUAAUUGCAUGUGUCUUAUAUGUUUGGGCAUUUUUUGUUUUUUCACCUGAAGAAGGUGAUCUGUUUUUAGAACAUCCUACAGAUGUUAUCAGUAGUUUGGUUAUGAUGUUAGCAACUUCAAUUGGACUUCAUCGUGAUCCAUCUGAUUUCCCACAACUAAAAUCAAGUAUUCCUGAUCGUAGACUAUUAAAUCACAGAAGAUUGUUAUGGCUCAGUGUCGUUACAGUUUGCUCAUUUGAAUCAAGUUUGAAGGGUAGGCAUUCUGUUUCAUCGGCUUCUAUGAUGGCAUUGUUUCUGGAUAUCAAAAAUCCAAACGCAGAUGACGUUUAUAUUAAUAGAGUGAAGAAUGAUUUGGUUGACUCGCCCUAUGCUGAACAAGUUCUGAAGCUUCAUAUUCAUUCAUUGAGAAGAGUAAAACUUGUAUUAUUGUUAUCAGAUCUAGAUGUCAUGACAAUGACUUACAGAAAUAGUAUUCUGUUGUCAGAUUUGGAAAACCUGCGUGAUAAGAUCGAAAACUAUACUGACGAUAACUUUCCCAUUGUUAAGCUUAAUGCUGAUAGUGAGAGUAAAGUUAAUAAUAGCGUUUUGCUGGCGAUUAAUUCCACAUCAUUACAUACACAAAUUGUUAGUCGGUUAUUGUUAUUGAGAACAUCUAUGGCUUUAUUUCUCCAUUUUGAAUCUGUUGUCCCGAAUGACAAAUCAAUGCUGAAAUACUACUUCAAGUACUUCAAUAAAAGCUGUACUGAUGCAUUAGUCUUGAUGGGGUACAUAAAUAAAUUCUUCAAUGGGGAUUAUAGUGAUAGUCUGUCAUCUUCAACAAAUUACAAUGUUUUAAAAGUGAUACAACUCUCUUUUUCAUCUACAGUGUUUAGUAUAUUGGGUGCAUUGAUGAGGGUGGGUUUUGCGACACAUAGCUUAUAUUCUUUAUCACAAGAUAUCAUUAAUGAAAAGGAGGACACUGAUCUAUCCGAAAUCAAUAGCAAGAUGGAAGUUCUCACUGUUUUACAAAGAAACUUGGAGAUUGCUUUAGAAAGUACCUACAAUGCAGCAUCUGAGCACUUGAGAUUUACAUACUUCCCGAUCUUCAAGAUGCUUGCAUUAUUUGAUGUAGUGAUACAGAAUAUGCGUAAAGGAGAACUAUUACUAGGUAUUUUUAAGGUUUCCAGGAUGGAGAAAAUUCAUUCUAAAAUUGUGAAAAUGCUAAACUUAACAUUGGGUGUCAAACUUGAUAAACGAGAUGCUUUGGUAAAGGACUUAAAAUCAAAUAAUCACAUGGUUGAAUUCAGUGUUGAUGAGCUUAAUACAUUAAGUCAGGUUGUUCACGAUCACAUGGGUAAUAUACAUGAGGGUGCCUUUAAUCGUGAACCUUCAGUACAACCUGGUACUGGAAAUACGCUAUACAAAAAUUGGAACCCAAGUAUGGAUAAUUUAGAAAAGCUGUCCACUGCAAUGGCAUUCAGUCAAAACCUGGACUUCCAAAAUAUGGUUCCAAGGCACUCGGGUCCGAGAGAUACAAAUCUAUUAUCGCCCAACACAUUUACACCAAUGGCCGAACAAACCUCCAAGUUGAAUGCCAAUGGAGGUCAUUCUGCAGCUUCCUCUGAGUCAGAAGCAGGAAAAGAUCCACUUCACCCAGAUUAUGCUGCUUUCUUUGGCGGACUUGACUUGUUUGACUAUGACUUUCUGUUUGGUAAUGACUUCAAUUAA